CGUAGCGGUUGGCCACGUGCAUCCCACCGUAUGCCGUAUACAAUGGAUCGGCGAUAGCAUCGUGAUGAUUUGUAACAGAUAUUCUCGAAGAGGAUCGACACGACAGCUAUGGAAGAGAGCCUCGGGGACAGCUUGCUGGACGACGGGGACGACGUCGGGGAGUUGACGGCGCAGACAGCGCUCCAGGAGAUCGAGAACGCCUGGAUGAACGAGAGAUUCGCGCCGGAGAUCCUGCCACAUCAGUCUGACCUGGUGGACUGUAUGCUGCAGCAGAUCGCGCACAUGGAGGAGAACAUCAAGAGGUUAGACAAGAGUGAUCUGCGAGCGUUGGUCCAUCGGAUGGAGCUCGAUCGGAUCAAAUACCUGAUCAGCAGCUACCUACGAAUACGCCUGGAGAAGAUCGAACGUUACACGAUCCAUAUCCUGUCGGAGGAGGCAGGCAGGAGCCUGGAAGAGGCCUACCUGACGCCGGGCGAGUUACGUUUCGCCAAGGAGUACCUAGCCAAUCUGGAGACGCUCUUCAAGACGGUGGCGUUGCAGCAUAUGCCACCGAAUUUUCAGCGAUUCGAGGCGAACAAGUUUACCAUUAAGCCCAAUCUACAGGCACACGUGUUCCUGCGUGCCAAUCAGAAGGUUACAGGAAUAGUCCUGCCUGGCAUGCUGAACGAGGAGAUAGACUUCGAGGAAGGUUCGCAGCAUAUUAUUCAGUACAGCGCCAUAGCGCACUUAGUUAAGUCUGGCGUGGUGCAGUUGAUUUGAUAUUUUUAAAGGAUACUCGCGUGAAAAUACAACUAUU